CUAUUUGUUAGGCAGUCUGGCAGCACUGGCUGGAAAUGGGCUGGUGUCACAAGAUUUAGUUUUGAAAACAAACACAACAAACGAGAUAGAAGACAGAUAGCAAUGUCCUGGGUAUCGGAUUAUCAAUAUACGUGGCUCCAACGUAUAGCUUUCCAAACACUCAAGCUAAGCGGCCAUGUGCCUUACCACAUUGCCUUUGUUAUGGACGGCAAUCGACGCUUCGCCCGUUCCAAGCAGCUAGAUAAGAUUGAGGGGCAUUCGCGUGGCUUCUCAAAACUGGCUGACGUGUUGCGUUGGUGCCUGGACAUGGGCAUACGUGAGGUUACCACAUUUGCCUUUAGUAUUGAGAACUUUAAGCGUUCCAGCGAGGAGGUCAACGGUCUCUUCAACCUGGCCCGUGAAAAGUUUACCAAAUUGUUGGCGGAGUGCAAUCGCCUGGACGAGCACGGUAUACGCAUUCGUGUAAUUGGCCACAUAGAGCUGCUGCCAGAGGAUCUGCAACGACUUAUUGCCACGGCCAUGUUGCGCACAGAAAACAACAAUAAAUUGUUUUUAAAUGUUGCUUUCGCCUACACGUCGCGUGAUGAAAUCACACAAGCUGUGGAGUCAGUGCUAAGUCAAAGCGACAAGGACACGGAUACACUGCAGCCUACAGAUAUCAAUGAGCGUUUGCUAGAUGCCUGCCUUUAUACACGACAUUCCCCUCCGCCGGAUCUGGUAUUUCGCACCUCAGGCGAGACACGCCUAAGCGAUUUCUUGAUGUGGCAGUUAAGCACAUCGGUGUUGUACUUUACGCAUGUCCUGUGGCCACAAAUAACAAUUUGGAACUUUUUGGCCAGCAUACUUGCCUAUCAACGUGAUCGCUGCCACCUACAGGAUUAUAGAAAUAGGAGCCGGCUGGAAAGUAAGGAAUUGGCAAAGGCUGGCGAGUUUUAUAGUGGGCGCGUGCAAAACUUUUUGGAAAAGUUGGACAACAGCCGGCGUCAAUUGCUUAUAAGAAUGGCUUCCAAUUAGUUAAAUGGGUUGUGAUACAAAAAAAAAAUCAAAAACUUAAUGUAAAUAAAUGUUU